AAUGGAUCCCAGAAAGCUUAGCACGAUGCCCGCUCACUCGUUUGCCCGUCACCCUGAGUUUUUUUCCUCGUGGGCACGAUUCCGACCCAUUGCUCGUUCGGGGAUUUCUUGGCUACGUGAAGACCCCUCGAUUCCCGUAUAAAUAGGGAAGACCCUCUUGAGGGUUUGGUCUCUUUUCCUUGGUCUCUCGAGCUGAGCGAACCUUCCCCGGCCUUCCUCAGACCUUUUGUCCGUCUUUCUUUCCGAAAGAAACGGAACCCGACCGAUCGUUGGUGGAACAAACGCCAGAGAGGCACGUUCCACGAAAGACCUUCCUUGAUCCUUGAUCGAACCAUACUUGGGGUUCCUUUGGGCCAUUCGAAUAUGACACAGACCCGACGAUCCUGUCCUCAGCUAUGGCAUUACGUUUUCAACCUGACCCUGUUUAUCAAUCUCUUGGGCAUGGCCUCCACAAAUUCAUCGCUCGACCUGGAUGGGGUGUUGUCGCCCUCGGACCUCGAGACUUUUGAGGAGGAACGCCUCAAAUCAGCCUCGCCCCAAGCUCAUGUGCAACCAAUUGGUCGUUUCUUGGAAGAACUGGCACAAAGCCCGUUUCCUGAUUCCCCUCUCCAAACUCCGUCUGGAGACCAGUCACGUUUACCUUGUGAUCCCGAGUGCCACCGGCCAUACCUAAAUCAAUUCCAGCAACUGGCCCAACAACCAAAUGGAUUACACCUUCAACGCCAACUUCGAUCGCCCGGAUAUCUGCUGAGGACUCGUAAAUCAGCAGAAGAUGACAGUGACAUUGACGAGGGCGAUGAUGUGUUCAAUCGGCCCGAGCGCUCCGAGAAGUAUUUGUUCAGGGUGCGGAAAGAUCUGCCCAGCCAAGUGCGGAACCGAAAGGGAGGCUACCUGUUCCGCACCCGCAAGGACCUGACCAACAAACGCGGCGAGUACCUGUUUAGAACCCGGAAGACCAUGAUGGACUUUGGGAAACGGCAAGCUGGAUAUUUGUUCCGAACUCGAAAAAGCUCACCCUCGGCUGAUAUGCUGGAGCCCAUUAGCUUGAAGGCCAGGAAGGACAUGUACCUUUUCAGGACGUAAACACAACCUCGACUCGUCGGCAAUAUCAUUCCGGAACUCUCUCUGAAGUACAAACGAAAACGGACUCAAUACUCUCAUUAUGAUUUGUCAAGGUUGUACGAGUACUUGUUGAUUGUCACACUGAUUGCUCCUUUGAGUUGGUCGUUAACCAUUAAAAGGAUCGGAUAUUUUUCUGCCAAUUCUUAGAGUGCAUAUUGUCCUUCUUAUGAAAACGCCCUCUGCUUCACUGUUGAUAAUGUUUUUUUAGCACUGAUCAUGAUUGUACGCAUGUAGUUUGCCCUGCUGCCAAUUUUUUGUUGAACUCACCAGCCAAUUCAACCUUGAAAAGCCAAACCAGGCGUGAAGCUCUCCUGAACCAAUGCAUUUUUGUCCUCAAUUAUACUCUUAUUGGAGCCUCUCAUUGUUCCUUCAAGCCAUUUUCUGCCAUGUGAAGUCGCCUCAAUGGAAAUAAAGUCAAAAGUCAUCAA